GCAGAUUCUUGGCAGGUUCAUACUUCAUACUUCAAUAGAAGCGUCAACAUUAGUGAUGUGAUAGAUGAUAUUGUUUAUUAUUAGUUUUUUAAUAUUUUAAAAAAAAAAUUAGAGUUUGGUGUAUUAAACUAGUAUAUAAAGUGGUCUAAAAUGUGGAAUUACAUCGUUUAUAUUUUACUAUUUAUUAUAGCAGUAUACGUUAGUAAAAAAAAAAUGUAUACUAUUGCGAAAGUUGUGGAGUAUUACUUUAAAUUUGGUACUAUCGCUUUUUUUAUUGUAUUUAAUUCUUUGAUUUUAAUGCCAUUAUUUAUAUGGAACGGCAAAAAUGUGAAAAACGCACGACUUAUGGCAGAAACAUCUAAAAAUGUUACAAAACUCAUAGGUGUUACGUGGAACUUAAGGAAUCCCGAAAUUAUAUCAGAAAAUAGAGGAGCUAUUAUCAUAUUAAACCACCAAUCCUUCUUGGACUUAUUAGGUGUAUGCCAAUUUUGGUAUGCAUGGAAGAAGGUAGCAAUAGUUGCCAAAAAAGAAAUGUUUUAUUUCUGGCCAUUUGGAUUGGGUUUAUAUCUGAUGAAUGCUAUUUUUGUAGACAGAGGAAACCCUAAAGUCGCUCAUGAAUUGUUACUAACCAAAUCUAGAAAUGUUCUUCAAAAUAAGAUUAAACUACUAAUUUUCCCCGAAGGUACGAGAAAUAGUGAUUUUACUAAACUAUUGCCCUUCAAGAAGGGGGCUUUCAACAUAGCGGUAGGAACUCAAGUUCCAAUCAUUCCUAUUGUAAUUUCACGGUAUUAUUUUAUUAAUCAUCAGAGACACUUGUUUAAUAGUAGUCGAGUCAUUGCAGAAUGUUUGGAGCCAAUAUCUACUGAGGGUUUGACUAUGGAUGAUGUCCCGAAUCUUAUAAAUAGAGUACAAAAUACUAUGGAGAAAGCCUUUAAGAAACUUUCGGAUGAGGUGACAAAAGAUUUGCCGUCUGAUUAUCCCUUAGCAACAAAAUAACCAAUUACUAAAGGAAAAUUUGCAAAAAAGUUUAGGAAUUCAUGAAUAUAAUAAUAUACAUAUAAGUAAUGUAUAAGCAAUUAAAAAAAAGAGUCGGAAAUGUAUUUUUUACGUAACAUUUUAUAUUAAUUGGUGUGGAAUAUUUGCUUUUUUCUUUUUAUUGUAAAGCCUAGAUAAUUAACGAAAUUAUACUUGUCACGU